AAUGUGUAUGCCCAUCCAUCUUUUCCAAAGAUCUAUAUAAAGGAUGAUGAUGCUCUCCCUAGUUUCCCAUUGAUCCUUCACAGCAAAAACCUGCUUCACCACGUGGUGAGCUUUGAUUUUGACCAUUCCUAAGACCUUUAGAGCUUUAGACCACUUUAACAUUCUUUGAAUCAUCCAACAAAUAAAACAAAAAAGGACUAUAUAUACCUUCAUGCUGCCACUUCUAAACAUUCUUCAAGACUACCCCCACACAUAAUACAUUAUCACACCAGAAAUGGAUCCAAAGUUCACAAUCAACUGUCGGCGGCCGGAGCUCACUCCCGCCGGUGGCGGCACCCCUCUGCCGGAGAGUCCGAGAGUGCCAAUGGAGUUUCUGUCAAGGUCAUGGAGUGCCUCAGCUCUUGAGGUUUCCAAAGCUCUUGCAUCUCAACCAACUCUUUCUUCAUGCAAACCUCCAAAUGCCACUAUUCCUGAAGAAACCUGUUGCUCUGAAGAGUUCUCAACUAUGCCAAAGAACCAGUUCUCUUUUGCUUCCUCUGCUACCUCACAGCUUGUCCUUGAACGCAUUAUGUCACAGUCCGCAAGAGAGCAGGAAGUGUCACCAUUAACUUCAGGAAGGUUAUCUCACAGCAGUGAGCCUUUGAAUGGUGGUGGUUCAUUAACGGGAACAGAUAGCCCACCAAUUUCUCCUUCAGAAGAAUUUGACGAUGUUGUCAAGUUUUUUCGGGCAAACAAUUCAAUUCUCCCGUUGUUCAAUGGUGGAAGAGCAAGUGCUGCUAUUGGCAAUGGCACAGCUAGCUCAGGACCUAAAACUGUUGGAAGAUGGUUGAAAGACCGAAGAGAAAAGAAGAAGGAAGAAAAUAGAACCCACAAUGCUCAGCUGCAUGCUACAAUUUCAGUGGCUGCAGUAGCUGCUUCUGUAGCAGCCAUGGCGGCUGCAACAUCAGCCUCAUCUACGCCCAGCAAGGAUGAGAAGAUGGCCAAGACUGACAUGGCUGUGGCUUCUGCAGCCACGUUGGUCGCGGCGCAGUGUGUAGAGGCUGCUGAAGCCAUGGGAGCUGAGCGUGACCACCUUGCUUCUGUGGUCAGCUCAGCGGUAAACGUCCGUUCUCAUGAUGAUAUCACCACUCUCACAGCUGCAGCUGCCACAGCUCUGAGAGGAGCAGCAACCUUAAAAGCAAGAGCUUUGAAGGAAGUAUGGAACAUUGCCGCAGUGACACCACUAGAGAAAGGCAUUGGGGGGAUUAACAUAUGUGUGAAAGGAAAUAACAGCAACACCAGCAAUACCAGCACAAGUGACAGUGGAGAAAUAAUCCAUGCAGAUAAUUUUUUAGGAUCUUGCAGCCAAGAGCUACUUGCUAAGGGCAGUGAAUUACUCAAACGCACCCGUAAAGGUGAUCUCCACUGGAAAGUAGUUUCUGUUUAUAUACACAGAACAGGCCAGGUAAUGCUGAAAAUGAAGAGCAAACGCAUUGCUGGAACCAUUACCAAAAAGACAAAGAUUGUUGUGUUAGACGUGUGCAAAGAUCUACCAGCAUGGCCAGGAAGGCACCUGUUUGAUGAUGGAGAAAAGCGACGCUACUUUGGAUUGAAGACAGACUCAAGGGGGGUUGUGGAGUUCGAGUGUAGAAAUCAAAGAGAAUAUGAUAUCUGGACUCAAGGGGUUUCAAGGCUCCUCACCAUUGUUGCACAAAGACAAAUCAAGAACUGAACCUCUCACCUUGUUUACUAAUUACUACCAACAAAGAUCACUAGCUAAUGCAUUGCUGGCUACUUAACUAAGUUCAAUCUACAUGCAUUGAGAGAUGUAUUCCGCACUCGUGUUUAACUUUAACCUCACAAUCAUCUGUGUCAAGUACUCAAAUGGAAUUUUCAUCUUCAGCAAAGAAAAAGAAUACCAUGCUAUUU